GAAAGGCGGCUCGAGCCACUUCAGACGACUUACUCCUGACGCUCGAGGCUGUCCUGCGCAGUGCGUACAUCCUGAGGCCUCUCGGAUCUUGAUACUCGUGCACUACAGGCAGGUCAAGCUUUGUGGAUCAUUUUUGUCCGAUGUUUGAUGUCGCUUCCAAAGGAGGCAGAGAUAAGGAAUGUAAAGAUAGCCUUUUUCUCUCAUUUCGCUUCAUCUCUCCUAUGGCCGAAGACGAAGAGGACUGGCAGGAGUACAAACUCGGCGGCUAUCAUCCUGUCUCCAUCGGCGACACCUUUGCUGACAGCCGAUAUGUGGUCGUACGCAAACUAGGGUGGGGACACUUUUCCACAGUAUGGCUCGCGCGGGACGAGAAAAUGAAACGACACGUCGCCCUCAAAAUCGUUAAGUCUGCUCCGCGUUAUACCGAGACCGCUGUCGACGAAAUCAAGCUGCUCCAACGCCUAGUGACGUCCUCCGAUCCCACGUCGCCUAACAAACAUCCCGGACGAUCGCACGUUAUCACCUUUCUCGACCACUUUCGACAUAGAGGUCCAAAUGGAACACAUGUCUGCAUGGUGUUCGAGGUGCUGGGAGAAAGUCUGCUGGGCCUGAUCAGAAGACACCAGAAUAAGGGCGUUCCAAUGGCUAUUGUCAAGCAGAUUGCCAAACAGGUCCUGACCGGACUUGAUUAUAUGCAUCGAUACUGCGGAGUGAUCCACACAGACUUGAAGCCCGAGAAUGUACUCAUCUACAUCCCGGACGUCGAGUCUGUUAUUGAAUCCGAGCUUGCCUCACAAUCUACCUCACCUCCCUCAUUCUCCACCCAUCCACAACCGCACGCCGGCCAUCACCACAAACUCGUGGGUGUCCCACCGUCUACUGGGCGCGGUGGAAAUCAAACACCAGGCGCCCGCCAUCUACACAUCAACGUGAGCAUCACAGGCAGCCAGCCUCUACCGAGCGUCAGUCCCACUGGCAGCUUUCUCAGCAUGUCAGGACUGAGUCCAGGCAACAGCAACGGCUCCCGCGUGAAGCUCACUGGCGACACCUGGGGCCUUGGAAUGGUUAAGAUUUCUAAUGAUGAUCCGAAGCAAGGGAAGGGCAAGGAAAAGAGCACGGGCGUCGAGGACGGCUCGGACCUGGGCAUGUCGUCGCUGACUGUAUCCCAGUCGGCGCCGGCUCGCACCAACGCCGGGCCCUCACAGCUGAGCCUAGAAAUGGGCCGCCAUCAAGAGAGCCAGGAGGUCCGCGAAACGGGCAAGCGCGAGGAAGAGGGCGAAGGCUGGGUAGAAGAGGUUGGCCCCGAGUUCGGCCCCGAGUUCGAGUACGAGAUGAUCACAGUCAAGAUCGCGGACCUGGGUAAUGCGACGUGGACUAAUCACCACUUCACAAACGACAUCCAAACCAGGCAGUAUCGCUGUCCAGAGGUUCUGCUCGGAUCGACGGAGUGGGGCACCAGCGCAGACAUAUGGAGCAUAGCAUGCGUGUUGUUCGAGCUGAUGACCGGGGGCGAUUACCUCUUUGAUCCCGCUGCGGCACCCAAGGCAGCCAACGGACGUCCCCGGUAUACUAAGGAUGAUGAUCAUCUUGCCCAGAUCAUCGAGCUUAUGGGGGAGAUUCCCGAACGCAUCCGCAAAUCCGGGCGAUGGUCCAACGAGUUUUUCGACGCGAAAGGCAAUCUCAUCCACAUCCAGAACCUGCGACCAUGGCCGCUGUCAUCUGUCCUGCACGACAAGUAUCUCUUCCCGCCGGAGGACGCGGCUGCCAUCGCCUCUUUCCUGGUCCCUAUGCUUCAGCUGGAGCCCGAGAAGCGGAUGAGCGCCGGAGAUCUAGUGCAACACGAGUGGCUGAGCGAUGUCCCGGACGUGGAGCGGACAUUUGACAGUGGUCAUGAAGGAGAUGCUAUGAAGUCCGCGGAUGAUGGGUCAGCGCCACAGAAGAUGGAGAGGGUCGGCGAGGAGGGGAUGGCUACAGAUAUCGGAUUCGGCGAGAGUCGCUAAUGUACUGCUACAGUAGUAAUGUGUUGUAAUUGUGCAAUAAUGUCUCUGCAUGGGCCAAUCUGAUUUUACCUGUGAUGCAAACUAACUCCUUCGGGCUAUGCCUCGUCUGCUUGCUUCUACCGUUGCAUGGUCUCACCCCUCCGCUUGACGGUCAGCAUCAACUACAAGGGCACCAAAGCCCAGAUCGAGGACUACGACGAAGCCCUGAAUGUCGUGCGCAAAGAUCUCACGUCCAUGGGCGCUCCGCAUCCAAAAAGGUCGAACUUCCAAGUCCUUUCUCCGGGGCGUGUCCGCUUCUUCUGGACUGCCCUACCCAACUCGGCGAUACACAAGACUUUAAAGAGCCGCUUCAAACAAACUACUGAGAACUACGAUGACCUGCGGUCCAUGCGAGACAAGCGCUCCAUUGCUACAAUCUUCCUCGCAGAAGCUCCAGAGGUUGUGGAUGCUCGCCUCGUUCAGACAGGUAAACCUCAUGCGGGGAAGAUUCCGACCGGUCCGAGCCAGGAAUCUGGGAGGGACGGGUGGAUGCACCAGUCGAACUUGCCCACACCAUCCCCGACCCCCGCUGCCCCGUUCGCUCCGUUCCUGGACUCCAAAGCUCAUGAAUACGAGCGUUUGGCACUGGGCUCUGCGGGAUGGAGCCCGAAAGAUCAGAUGCCGACACCGAUUCCGAUUGUCCAGGCGGAAGGGCGCCCACUGAAGCGCGCUCGCUACGAUGACGAGGGUGAGGACCGACAACAUCAUCAUUCAGUCGAUCUUCGGCCCCCCUUCCAGGAGAGGAAACCAUUUCAGUGGAACGAACCGAGUGCACCUGGGUGGUCCGAAUAUCAUCAUGCUAUGCACGGUCUCCCCCCCAAACCGGUGGUGACACCAUUACCCAUGCCCACAUCCCCGCCCCUGGCGAGUCUCGAUGUCCAGAGCAUCCGCCGCCAGCUUCGAGAUGUGCGCUGGCGGUUGAACCUUGCAAGCGCGAGGGAGCGCGAGUUGUUGGCUCUCCUCCACACGAUGGGCUUUGACGACGCGGAUGUCAAGCCCAGUGCCAGCGACGAUUGGGAAACGAAAGCUCGGAUACAAAAUCUGGAGUCCGAGCUGGAAUCUGAACGAGCGCUGCGGCGCGACGCCGAAGCUGUUGUUGACGAUAUCAGGAAGGAGUGCCAACAUCCCUUCGUGGUACCUUCAUUACUCGACGCAUUCGUGGAUAUAUCCAUGCUGAGUCUGAAGUCAUUACGCCACUGAGAACCUGCUCUCCAUCUCUCAAAGUGUAUUCCUUGUACAGUAGGGAAAGGACCUGUACAAUCAAUCAGCCGUGUUGUUGAAGAUCGGCUAGCAUGUACUUGAGUACUUACGAUGGCUUCCAAAUAUGACAACACAUGCGUCCUCGGUGACGCACCAUGUCAACGGUCCAGAUUAACCAUCUCGGUACGCGCUCACCGCGCUCAAAUCCUCCAUCCAAAUCGGAGGAUAUCAACGCCAUCCCAGGCGAAGGGGUGACGUGCUUUUCAAUAUUUGAAGAGAAACUCCACAAGGAAUCGGCAAUAUCAUAUGAGUGGAGGCUGAAGCCAGGUCCAAGAUCAUGCCAGCCCAUGAGAUGGCACUUCGACACCUCUGGCUUCACAGCGUUCAUUUCUUUCCAGCUGCUGAGAUCCUGCAGCAAACUUCUGGAGCUCCAGGAGACAGUGUGACGGCCAGCCUCUAAUCCAUCUCGCAGGGAAGAUUGGGACGAUUGGCGGCUUCACCCACUGGCAUUCUGCAAGCACUUUUUCUAGUCGUCACAGAGAGAAACGUCAUGCACCAUUGCGCGGGUACUCUCGCUCUACACAUUCUGACAGAUUUUUUUCAAGGAACCGGGCGUCAUCCGGAAAUCAACCACAGUCUCUUGGAGUUCAGUCAUAUCAGUGAUGUGGAUUAAUCCUGCAGCGUAAUAGAUGCAUAAUCUCACAGGCUAUUAGACUCAAUUUAAGCUUAGAUUAAUAACCUGAGGGAUUAUGCCUUGGAUUAUGG